CUCUUCACGACACUCAUCACAGUGGCAAUGGCAAUGAGGAAAGAAAAAACUGAGGCAAGAGCCCUUCUUGGAAGGUUGGAGUACCAAAGAGGCAAUGUGGAAGGCGCUCUUCAUGUUUUUGAUGGAAUUGACCUUCAGGCUGCUAUGCAGCGGCUCCAACCUUCUCUCGCUGGAAACCUAUCUUCUUCUAGAAGGGGUCGUGCCCGAAGUGAUUCACUGCACGCUACUUCUCAGCAUGCUGCUAGCCUGGUUCUUGAAGCCAUAUACUUGAAAGCCAAAUCUCUUCAAAAGCUCAAUCGAACAAAUGAGGCUGCUCAAGAAUGUAGAAGUGUCCUAGAUGCUGUGGAGAGGAUUUUCCUUCAUGGCAUACCUGAUGUACUGGUGGACAAUAAGUUGCAAGAGACAGUUAGUAAAGCUGUAGAGCUCCUCCCAGAGCUUUGGAAGCAAGCUGGUUGUUAUCAGGAAGCAAUGUGUGCUUACAGACGUGCUCUUCUUAGUCAGUGGAACCUUGACAAUGAAUGUUGUGCAAGGAUUCAGAAAGCAUUUGCCAUAUUCUUGCUUUACAGUGGUGCAGAGGCGGGGCCACCCAGUUUGGCUGUUCAGAUAGAUGGCUGUUAUGUUCCAAGAAACAAUCUUGAAGAGGCGAUUCUCCUUUUAAUGAUUCUUUUGGGGAAAUGUUUCUUAGGUAAGACCAAAUGGGAUCCUUCAGUAAUGGAGCAUUUUACAUUUGCUUUGUCUCUAUGUGGCCAGACAUCUGUUUUGGCAAGGAAUAUUGAAGAGCUUUUACCUGGAACAUUUCAUCGUUGUGACCGCUGGAAAGCUUUGGCUCUUUGCUACAGUGCAGUGGGACAAAAUGAAGUUGCCUUGAAUCUAUUGAGGAAGUCUCUACACAAGCAUGAAAGACCAGAUGAUCUCCAGGCAUUGCUAUUGGCUGCAAAAAUUUGUAGUGAGGACUCUUUUCUUGCUUCUGAAGGAGUGGAGUACUCACAGAGGGCGAUUUUGAAUGCUCAAGGGGUGGAAGAGCAUUUAAAGGGUGUGGGUCUUCGCAUGUUGGGUCUUUGUUUGGGAAAGCAAGCUAAGAUUGCCGCCUCAGAUGCUGAGAGGUAUCACCUUCAGUCUGAAGCUUUGAAAUCAUUAGAUGAGGCAAUGGCUUUUGAACAUGAAAACCCAGAAUUAAUUUUUGAGUUGGGGCUUCAAUAUGCAGAGCACCGGAACUCAAAUGCAGCCUUACAGUGUGCAAAACGGUUUAUAGAUAUGACAGGUGGUUCCAUAUUAAAAGGUUGGAGAUUGCUUGCUCUGGUUUUGUCUGCCCAACAACGGUAUCCAGAGGCUGAAGUAAUUACAGAUGCUGCUUUAGAUGAGACUGCAAAGUGGGAGCAAGGACUGUUGCUCAGAUUAAAGGCAAAAUUGAAGAUCUCCCAAUCAUUGCCCAUGGAUGCAGUGGAAACUUAUCGGUUCCUUCUUGCACUGGUCCAAGCCCAAAGAAAGUCUUUUGGGACUAUCAGGAGUAGUACCUCUCGGGUUGAGGAUGACAAUGUCAACGAGUAUGAGGUCUGGCAAGGUCUUGCAAACUUGUACUCCAGCCUGUCAUAUUGGAGAGAUGCUGAGAUAUGUUUGGACAAAGCUCAAGCACUGCAGCAAUAUUCUGCAGCAACACAACACACAGAAGGUCUUAUGUACAAAGGACGUGGACAAAUUAACGAAGCUUUGGCUGCUUGUAGUAAUGCUCUUCUAUUUGAUGAGAGUCAUGUACCUACGAAGGUGUUAAUUGGUGCUUUGCUAUGGAAGAUAAGCCCCAAGGCAUUGCCUGUGGCACGAAGCUUCCUCUCAGAUGCAUUGAAGCUUGAACCCACCAACCGUCUGGCUUGGUGUUAUUUAGGGAUGAUACACAGGGAUCAUGGACGUUUAGUGGAUGCCUCUGACUGCUUCCAAGCAGCAUCCAUGCUCGAAGAAUUGCAUCCCCUUGAAAGCUUCAGUUCAAUACUAUGAGUUGGUAUUCUAUGGAAGCUUACAGGAAUAUUUCUGUCAACAUGGAGCUUCAGUUUGAAACUCAAAUCUCCGGUGCUGCUUUGUUGACCACAUUUCUUAUUAGGUAAAUUGUUGAGAUUCAGGUUCCAUUUGUGAUCUUGUAGAGGUUAUAGUUUUGCUGCAAUCAAUCGUCAUUAUCAAACCCCAGAUUUGGUGAGCACUGUAGGAUAGAUGUAAAAAUUUAUAGAGCUUCAGGCUGAUCAGGGUAUUCCAUGUAGUGGCAGUUCCGGCCUUUGUAAAAAGCAUAUGGAGGAUAUAUGCACUAUGUAUCAUUUUCUUUGUAAUUAUAAUUGGACAAUUUAAUUUUUAUUUAUUUUGUCCUCUCUAGCGUGGACUUUCUGAUUUU